GGAAUUAUUGGCAAAAUCUAAGCUCUUAGGUGAAAGUAGAGAAUCUCAAAAUCGAAUCUCCAAUUUCUGAAGAUUACUUAGAGAACGGAUAUCAACUCGAGAGAUGAUCAGAUAUUGCAGAAUCUGAAAUGGGAAAGUAUGUAGAUAAAUGUUAUGAACAACUAAAGAAGGGGAAGUACAUUAUCAAAGUUUCGAACGAGGUUUAUUUGUGCCCCUAUUGUCCCCAGAAGAAAAAGCAACAUUACCGAUACAUCGAUCUUGUCCAGCAUGCUUCUGGUUUGGGAAAAAGUAGUUCUGCGAAAAGAAGACCGAUAGAGAAAGCCAGUCACCUGGCUUUGGCAAAGUAUUUGGAAAAUGAUCUCGUGCCUGCAGUUAGUUCAUCAAAAUCUGUGGCUCAAAAGGCUCCUCUUACUGGUUGUGACCACGAUGAGAAUGGGAAGUUUGUUGUCAAAACUUCGGAUGGAAAGCCAAAUUACCGAUACAUGGAUCUCGUCCAGCAUGCUUCUGGUGUGGGAUAUAGUACUGCAAAAACACCAAUUAAGAAAACCAAUCACCUGGCUUUGUCAAAGAAUUUGGAAAAAGUUCCCAUGCCUGUGGUUAGUUCAUCAAAACCUAUGACUCAAGCGGAUCCUCUUAGUGGUCGUGACCAAGAUGAGAAAAUUGUUUGGCCGUGGACCGGAAUUGUGGUUAAUAUCCCGACUCGAAGGUUAGAAAAUGGGCGAUCCAUAGGAAGAGGUGGAUCCACAUUGAAGGAUGAGUUGAUCAGGAGAGGGUUCAACCCCAUAACAGUUAGCCCACUUUGGAAUUACGAUGGUCAUUCAGGGAUUGCUGUUGUGGAAUUCAAUAAAGAUUGGCCGGGGCUACAGCAUGCCUUGUCAUUUGAGGAGGCUUACAAAGCAGAUCACCAUGGGAAAAAGGAUUGGGGUGCUAAUAAUGAUGUUAAGUAUGGUCUUUAUGCUUGGGUCGCCCGUGCUGAUGACUACAUGUCGAGUAGUAUUAUUGGAAAAUAUUUACGCAAGACUAGUGACCUUAAGACCAUCCCCAAGCUCAUGGAGGAAGAAGCCAGGAAACAACAUAGACUUGUAUCAUAUUUGACAAACAUCACUGGUACUAAAAGCAAAAUAGACUUCUACACUCCUAUGCAGACGUGUCCGGGCUUCAAGGUUUCCUUGACAAUGGAUAUCAGCUUGGAAGAUGGUUUGAAUAUAAAGGAAUCUGAAAUGGGAAAGUAUGUAGAUAAAUCUUACGAAAAACUAAAGAAUGGGAAGUACAUUGUAAAAGUUUCAGAUGAAACUUAUGUGUGCCCCUAUUGUCACGAGAAGAAAAAACCAAAUUACCGAUACAUGGAUCUCCUCCAGCACGCUUCUGGGUUGGGAAAUAGUAGUUCUGCAAAAAGAUCAUCACUAGUAAAAGCUAAUCACCUAGCUUUGGCGAAGUAUUUGGAAAAAGAUCUUGUACCUUUGGUUAGUUCAUUGAAUCCUGCUGCUCCAGUAGAUCCUCUCGGUGGCUGUGACCAUAAUGAGAAUGGGAAGUAUGUUGCCAAAGUUUUGGACGAAACUUAUAUGUGCCCCUAUUGUCCUGGGAUGAAAAAGCCUAAUUACCGAUACUUGGAUCUCGUCCAGCAUGCUUCUGCUGUGGGAAAUAGUACUUCUGAAAAAAGAACACCAACAGAGAAAGCUAAUCACCUGGAGUUGGCAAAAUAUUUGGAAAAAGGUCUCAUGCCUUUGGUUAGUUCAUCGAAACCUGUGGUUCAGGAGGAUCCUCUUAGUGGCUGUGACGAUGAUGAGAAAAUUGUUUGGCCAUGGACCGGAAUUGUAGUUAAUAUUCCUACUUGGAAGUCAGAGGAUGGAAGAGCUGUAGGGGAAAGUGGAUCCAAGUUGAGGGAUGAGUUGAUCAGUAGAGGGUUCAACCCCAUAAGAGUUCGCACACUUUGGAAUCACUGUGGUCAUUCAGGAAUUGCUGUCGUGGAAUUCUGUAAAGACUGGUCAGGUCUACAUAAUGCCUUGUCAUUUGAGAAUUCUUACGAGGCAGAUCAUCAUGGGAAAAAGGACUGGGGUUCUAAUAAUGAUUUUAAGUAUGGUAUUUAUGCUUGGGUUGCCCAUGCCGAUGACUAUAAGUCGAGUAGUAUUAUUGGAGAACAUUUGCGCAAGAGUAGUGACCUUAAAACCAUUUCCGGGCUGAUUGAGGAAGAAGCAAGGAAACACAAUAGACUUGUAUCAUAUUUUACAAAUAUCGUCGAGACUAAAAACAAACGCAUGAAUGAGAUUGAAACAAUAUGUUCCAUGACUUCCAAGUCCCUCAAAAAUUUGAUGGAAGAAAAAGAUAACCUUAAAGAAGAGAUUAAAAAGAGUCAACUAAGUUCAAGGCUACACUUCCAGAAGGUUUUCAAUGAACACGAAAAACGGAAGUCACUGCUAGAAUCUCAUAGAAAAAACCUGGAGUUGCGUGAAGUUGAACUUGAAAAGCGAGAGACGCUGAUUGAAAGUGAAAGAAAAAGGUUGGCUGAGGAGCUCGAAGAGAACAUUGUUCAAAAUAGUGCAUUACAAUUGGCUGCUUUGGAACGAAAAAGGGCUGAUGAAAAUUUAAUGAAACUGGCUGAAGAUCACAAGAGGCAGAAGGAGGAACUUCAUAAUAGGAUAAUUCAACUGGAGAAACAAUUAGAUAAAAAACAAGCAUUAGAACUGGAAAUCGAGCAACUGAGAGGGUCAAUGGAUGCAAUUAGGCCAAUGAGAGAUGAAGAUGAUGUAGUUCUGAUAAUAAUGGAAGCAAGUCUAAAGGAGUUGAAAGAAAAGGAGAUGGAGCUUGAAGAUUUAGAAGCAUUGAACCAAAGUCUUAUAUUAAGCGAACGUAAGAGCAACAAUGAUCUGCAGGAAGCUCGCAAAGAACUAAUCAACGGAUUAAGAGAACUAUCCAGUCAUGGAAAUAUUGGUGUCAAGAGAAUGGGAGAACUCGACAGUAAACCGUUCCUCGAAGCAAUGAAGAGAAGGUAUAAUGAGGAACUAGCCGAGGAGAGAGCUUCGGAAAUGUGCUCAUUGUGGGAGGAAUAUCUGAAGGAUCCAGACUGGCAUCCUUUUAAACGUAUUAAACUCGAGGGAGACGAAGAUCAGGAAGUGAUUGACGAUGAAGAUGAAAAGCUAAGAUAUCUGAAGGAUGAGAUGGGCAAUGAAGUGUACAAGUCGGUCGUUUCGGUUAUAAAUGAAAUAAACGAAUACAACCCGAGCGGAAGAUACGUAACUUCCGAGUUAUGGAACUAUGGAGAAGGAAGAAGGGCAAGCCUGCAAGAAGGUGUCGAAUGUUUACUGAAUCUGUGGAACACCACCAAACGCAAACGAUGAAUGAUCUGAAGGGAUGCUAACUUAUUUCUCAGGAACUAAUUUUCCGACAUGAAAAAUCGAAGAACACAUCUCUGUAAGUAUGUUCGAACCCCUUGUUAAACCAUUUUCAGCUUCCAGGGGUAUAAUAAUAUACCUUUCUGGGAAGGAACUGCAUUCAUUCUAACAUGAUGAAUUCAAGCUCAUUGUUUUCGUAUCGGGGCCAGGAUCGUAACCGAUGCCGAUGUAAGACAUGUCGACUUAAUGUAGUGUCGAGAAAA